CCUUCGUCCAUCAACCUCUGGUUGGCCGCAACCAUAUCCAUCGUCGCUUUUCUUGAGCCUCGUUAUAGGCCUAUCGUAGUGAUCGUCGUUUCUUCAGCACGCCGUCGGUUCUAGCUUCAAUCGUUCAGAUUUCCGUGGCGUUCCGCUCCAAGAAGUAACCUCAACACCAACCGCGAUCUCCAAGAUGCCCAUCAGCAUACCGCUUCCCAUAUUCCUGGCGCUACUGUCUGCGCCGGAGGCACUCUUUGCGAGACUUCUUUUGCUCGGGCAGAGUUCAGGGAUGUCGAUCACAUCCCUUGCUUUGGCUUUAACCGCUUUCAACUUCGUGAUCUGGGCUAUAUGGAUGACGUUCAUAUAUCCUUUUGUUUUCAGCCCUUUGCGCGGUCUGCCGGAGCCCAAGGGUGCUUUACCUGUACUUGCCCAUGGCUUUCUGGCAUUCAAAAGGCCCCCUGGAGCCGAACUUCUUAAAUGGAUCAAGGAAAUUCCCAACGAUGGACUGAUCAGGUUCCGCGGUUUUUUCAACAUAGACAAACUAUUACCAACAGAUCCAAGAACUCUUGCAGAUGUCCUCGUUAACAACUCUUACGACUUCCAAAAAUCGACACGGACCAAAGGUUUCCUCCGCCGAGUGCUUGGAGAUGGCCUAAUUAUCCUCGAAGGAGAUGAGCAUAUGUUUCAGCGCAAGAAUAUCAUGCCUUCCUUCAGUUUUCGCCACAUUAAAAAUCUAUAUCCUGUGUUUUGGCAAAAGUCCUUAGCCCUCACUGAAGCUAUUUCCACCAAAGAUUUCGACCAUUUUGAGAAUAACUCUGGAGAAAGACCCCCAGCGGUCAUUGAAGUCCACCAUUGGGCUACCAAAGUCACUUUGGAUGUCAUCGGUCUUGCGGGCCUAGGUCGCGAUUUCCAUACCUUGGAUAAUUUUGAUGACCCGCUUGCCAAACUAUACGAAGACUUCUUCAUACCCACCAAAGGCAGGAUGGUCUUAUUUGCAAUGCAUGUUGUAGGCCUUGGCAGACUGUCCAGAACAUUGCUCUGGAAAGUUGAUGAGCGUCUCCAAGAACUUACUAGUAGACUGCGAGAAAUCUGCCGGAGCCUUGUCACCGACAAGAGGCGCUCUUUGAAGGCCCAGGAUCAGGAAACAAAGGACAUACUCUCGGUUAUGUUAAAUUCCAACGUAUUCGGUGAUGAUAUGCUAGUUGACCAACUUCUAACCUUUCUUGCUGCCGGGCAUGAAACCACAUCCUCCGCUUUUACGUGGGCGACGUAUCUUCUAGCCACUAACGAAACGAUCCAGGCGAAACUUCGCCAAGAAGUUCGCAAUUAUCUUUCUGCUGAGCUUUCGGAUGCAAGCAAAACAGAAGAUCUUGCGGAUAAGCUCGAAUCCAUGCCAUACCUAAAUGCCAUCUGCAACGAGGUCCUUCGACUUUACCCCACCGUGCCAGUCACUGCCCGCGACGCCAUUCGCAAUACGACCAUCGGCGGCCAGCAUGUCCCAAAAGGCACGCAGGUCCUCAUAGCUCCAUGGGCUAUCAACCGGUCACCUAGCCUUUGGGGAAGUGAUGCCGAAUCCUUCCGUCCGGAAAGAUGGAUCGACCCAGAUGGCCAUGCCAACAACCACGGUGGUGCACCAAGCAACUAUUGCCAGCUUACUUUUCUCCAUGGCCCCAGAUCAUGCAUCGGACAGAAAUUUGCACGGGCAGAACUUCGAGCGCUAAUUGCGGCGUUUGUGGGUAAAUUUAAGUGGAAUCUCGCUAUGGACCAAAGUGAGGUCAUUCUUACUGGGGUUGUGACGAUAAAACCAAAAAAUGGAAUGAAGCUACGGGUAACAAAGCUUGAAUAAGUUGUUGGAUUUAGUCGGAUUUUCUAGAUAGCCUCCUUCGGUACCUUUGCAUGUCUAUUUAGUGGGAAUAUCUCUGUACAUCGCAGAACUGGUUGCAUAAUAGGAUAAGGGAUAGCAUAGUUUGGCAUAACAGUCGAGGUUUCCACUUUUAACAAUUGUUUUGAUUGUCCGCUGCCUUCUUUGGAGAG